GCCCGCCGGAGAGCCUCAGUAACCGGCAGUGCCGACUAGUGCAGACCGGGCCGCGGACUGGGAGCGCUGCGAACUAGCGCAGACCGCGCCGCGGACUAGCGCAGACAUGUGGCUGUGGCGCAAGCUGCUGCUGAAGUUUCUGGUGCUGGCCUGCCUGUCCGUGGCCGCCGGCGCCGCCGCCACCAUCCUGAACGGUCUCCUGGUGUACGUGCGCCACCAUCUGGCCGGCAGCAGCCGACCGCGCGCCGAUUAUGUUACUAAGAAGUCGGUACUCCUGCUCGUGUCUAUCCCGGCCGCGGUGCUGCUGCUCACCCAGACAGAGAUGCCCUGGGAGUGGCUGGGAACGCUGACGCUGCUCGUGGCUAUUGCCCCGGCCCUGCUCACCUGGCUCGGGCCGCCCGACGAGCACGUCGAAAACUGCCAGCUGUGCCAGAUCGGCAAGGGUAGCGCCUACAACCAUUAUUUUGGCUACCUCAGGCUCAUGGAAGGCGAGCAUGGCAUCCGGACGCGUCUGGAGAAAUUCAAACGUGAAAACCCUGCGGGCUUACCAGAGGAAGUGCUGGAGAAAUUCAAACGUGAAAACCCUGCGGGCUUACCAGAGGAAGUGCUGGAGAAAUUCAAACGUGAAAACCCUGCGGGCUUUCCAGAGGAAGAGCUGGAGAAAUUAUACUCCAAAGCAGUAGUGGUGCUUGCGCCAAAGGACGGUAGUUACCCCGAACAAUGGGACAGACUGGAAGGUGUUGGCAAGAUCACUGCAACACUGAAACCCUUCAAGAAAAGAGUGGGUGGCAACGAGCGCAGCUAUGGGGAAUUCAAGGUGCAUGAGGUGAAGUCGAGCGACGGCGAGCACAAGAUGUAUGUGGCGCUGGACAAGGUGGGAGCCCUGGAAACCCUCCAGAAGCUUCGUAAUCACGGUCCAGCCGGCCUUAGCGUUGCCGACUGCCGGAACCAGAUGAAGGAGUUGAUAGAGGAGCUCAAAGUGAUCGUGGCUAAAAAUGACCACCUGAAGGGCCAGCUGAAGGUGGUCAGUUACGACGCCGACGAGCAUGUCGGGGACGCCAUCUUGGCGGCAAUAGAGGGCUAGCAACCAGCGCACACUGCUUGUCGGAAACGCUCCGGCGAGAGGCCGCAAAAGUUUUUUGCUUCUUAUUUCGCAACUAGAGAAGCAAACUUCAUAAAACUUUGCAUACCUUCUCUGUUAUAUGUAAGCUAUCAUUUGGAUGUCAAGCACUUAGUAGGUAUAUGACGUGAAGCUGUUAAGUUAUGACGUCAUAAUUGAGUAUAAUACCUACAGGAUCUAGCACCACUAUAAGUCAACAAGGGAAAUUGGAAGCCGCUAUUCGGGCACCGGGAAUGGUACUUUCAUGCACUCCUUACAAAGUUCGGUGCUUCACUUAUGCAUUGUUGAAUUCGCGUGACGUCAUGUAUGACGUCACGCGUCUCUAGCAUCAGCUGUAGCUAGAGAGUUGGGAAAGCCACCAGUGGACUCGGGAAGACCUGUCGAAUCGAAUGAUAUGGACAGGGCGUGAACUGACGGGCCGGGGAAAGGAAGGACGCCACGGAGAAGGUACACCGACGGGCUGUUGGUGGAGCGCACUGACGGUGGUGAACGAAGACUGCGGUGACUUGGUGCUGUGCUUAGUGCAAAUUGAUAGCGAUUCAUUUUGAUCCGAAUACUUACACUUGAACACUGCUUAGGGUUAAUCUCGAUGUGUCGCUACUCGCUGGUUCAUCAGAAAUGUAGACAGAGUAAUCAAUGGUUUACCCAUAAAUAUUGGAAAAGUGGAACGCCUGUCUGAUCGGUCCUCGGCUAGCUCCGUCACUCCCUGUAGGAAUCGUAAAGCGCAAAUGAUCGGUAUCGAAAUAAAGUUUUUGCAAUUAUCGGCCUCGGCCAUGAAA